AUUAAAAUCAUCAUUAGGGUAGUUUAGGCAUUUGGGAUUUGAGAACAACAAAGAGCUUGUUGGAGGAAGAAGUUGUUGUUGGAACACCUGCAUAUUGGCUUGGUAAUGAGUCGGUUGGCAGACUUUUGUCAAAAGGUACCAGGACUCCGUGGUUUUUACAACUUUCUGGCGCGUGUGCACUUGAGAGGCGUAGAAAAAGAGUUGCGCAAGUAUGGACUGAGAUAUGAUGACCUUCUUAAUGAGCAAGACCCUGACGUUAAACAGGCUAUUGAAAUGCUUCCAGAACAUGAAAAGCAGCUAAGGGCUAAACGUUUCAUUCGUGCGUUUGAUCUGUCUAUGAAAAAGACUCAACUACCCGAAGAAAUAGCACAAAAAGAGGAUAUUUGGAAUCCUUAUCUUCGAAGUCGCAUUCAGUUGAUUCGCAGAGAAAGGCACCGAAAUGAAACUUACAAGUAAACAAUUUUUCAUAAAAUAAAGAGUUUUGUUUGGGU